AUGGCGGCAAUUAAGAGUUUCAUAAAGCUAGGCUUUUGAUCUUUGGCGGCCCGAGUGAGGAUUGGGCAUGGCGAGAGAGAAGAGCCCUGGUCUAAAGAUCCUCUGGGUUUGGACUCUUGGCACCGCCGCCAUUCUCGUUACGAGCGUAGCUCGGAUGAGAAUGAGGGAUAUGGAGAGUAUCAUCAAGUCCGAUCAACAACAACAAUCGAUGCACCAGCAGCGACAAACGUCUUCCACCGAUUCGUUUUUCGUUGGCGAAGGUGAAACAUCUGAGAAUUAGAAGUAACAAUUCCUUUGAAAUUCAACUCAAACUGGUAAUUUUAUUUUCGAAUUUGGAAUAGAGGGUCUGGGUAUUUGUUAAAUCCCAUUUUUAGUGGCGUGUACAUAAGGUGUUUGAUGAAAUUCCUGAAUGGAAAAAAUUGCCAAUUUUUCACUCGUAAUGAGCUUGCACUUGCCUUGAAUAUUUGAUGUGUCGAUUUCAGUGAACUGUUUUAGGUUAGCUGCCACAUUUGAUGUAUAGACACAAAAUGCCUCUGUGUUGAAUUUGAUAUGAUCUUUGUUCAAUAAAUGUUUGUUGUAAUUGCUGGUUGGAA